UGCUGUAUGCUAGCGUUGCUGCUUGCAGAAUGCUAUGCUCGUCCAGCUACAGUCGAGUCUAAUCUAGGAGGCAGUGUUCAAUCUGGCUGGAAUAUGGGCGGCCAUGUAGGGUACUACGACGAGGACUCGGCAGAUAGUGGUUUUGAUGUCGCUGCUGGUGCAAACGGAAUGUGGGGCGCUGCAGCAGCCACUGGUUGGGGCCUGCAGGUCGGUCGGAACGGUGAACAUGGAGGAAGAGGUCUCGCAUUGGCUGCCAAAGCUGGGGCCAGAACUGCAGGUAAAACUGGAGCUGGCAUCAAUGGACGCCUGGGAAAGAAACACAUGGAUGCUAGUGGUCAAAUAGGUGGUCAAGUUGGCGCAAACGUUGGGGCCAACAAAGGUAUAUACUUGUCCCCGCCGACUGGAGAAGAUGACCCUUGGAGGUCGCUUGGUAAUUGGGGUGCACCAAUCAGUAAUCCCUCAUAUAGAUACACCUAUCACAGACCAAGCCAGUAUUAUGAUGCAUAAUUUUUACAGAGAAGCAUUGACGACUUCAUUAUUUGUGUGAUUAUCGUAACAGUUCAGUUAUAACAUAAUACAAAAUUAUUUUUUUAAAGUCUAAAUUAAAAUACACAUUAUAAGGUUAAAAAUGUAUAAGAAAACUACCUCAUGAACAGUUUAACCGCAUAAGUUUCAGUUCAGUAAUUAGUAUAAGCUAUUUUGUUUGUUGUUUAAUUUUGUAUAACUACUUUACUUAGGUACCUAUACUUAAAA